AGUCCAGCCGAUACGCAAGGAAUCAUGAAUUAUGCUCGGUUUCUGACAGCUGUGAGCGCAGCCAGGAAGCCUUCCCCCAUCAGGAUGCUGACUGAGCUGCAGCAGCGCUCGCCCCCGUCCCUCAUCUCUCUGGCCGGAGGAGCCCCCAACCCCAACACCUUCCCCUUCCAGUCGGCGUCCAUCCAGGUGAAGGGCGGCGAGACGGUCACCUUCGACGAGGCGGCCAUGAAGCGGGCCCUGCAGUACUCUGCAUCCAACGGGAUCCCCGAGCUGCUGACGUGGAUGAAGAACCUGCAGAAGACGCUCCACAACCCUCCGACCGCCGCCUACAGCCCCGAGAAGGGCCAGAUGGACAUGUGUGUGACCACGGGCAGCCAGGAGGGGCUCUGCAAGGUGUUUGAGAUGCUGGUGGGCCCCGGAGACAACGUCCUGCUGGACGCUCCCACCUACGCCGGCACCCUGGCGGCGCUUCAGCCGCUGGGCUGCAAUUUAAUCAACGUCCCCAGCGACCAGCACGGCAUGAUCCCGGCGGCCCUGAGGGACGUCCUGUCCCGCUGGGACCCCUCCGAGGUGCACCGGCCCGGCAGCACGGCGCCGCGGCUCCUCUACACCAUCCCCAAUGGAGGAAACCCCACCGGCGCCUCCAUGACAGCGGAGAGGAAGAGGGAGGUGUACGAGCUGGCGAGACGGUACGACAUGCUCAUCAUCGAGGACGACCCGUACUACUUCCUGCAGUUCGACAAGCCGUGGGCGCCGACCUUCCUCUCCAUGGACGUGGACGGCCGGAUCAUCCGCACCGACUCCUUCUCCAAGAUCCUGUCCUCGGGGCUCAGGAUCGGGUUCCUGACCGGCCCCAAGCCGCUGGUGGACCGGGUGGUGCUGCACAUCCAGGCCUCCACCAUGCACACCAGCACCUUCACCCAGCUGAUGGUGUCUCAGUUGCUGCACAGCUGGGGUCAAGAGGGCUUCCUGCAGCACAUCGACGGGGUGAUUGACUUCUACAGGAAGCAACGCGACGCCAUGAUCAGCUCUGCAGACAAGCAUCUCAAAGACUUAGCUGAAUGGCACAGCCCGUCUGCCGGCAUGUUCCUGUGGAUGAAGCUGAAGAACAUCGCCGACACUCAGCAGCUCAUCAUGCAGAAGGCGCUGGAGAAGGAGGUGCUGCUGGUUCCUGGAGGAGCCUUCAUGAUCAACAGCAGUGACCCCUGCCCGUACGUCAGAGCGGCCUUUUCCCUCUCCACGCCGGAGCAGAUCGACGAGGCCUUCAGGAGACUCUCCUCGCUCAUCAGAGACGCUUUAUGAUUGGACGGUUGUGUUUUUCUCUCUGGUACCUGCUGCUGCUUUUUCCUUCUCUCUUUCUGUUUAUGACGUUAAAAUUUAUUCGUGUUCGGAAGUUAACGUGGCUGCUCAAAUAUGAACUGAUCUUUAUCUUGACAGGAAAAUGAAACAUAGGUCACUGCUGGAUUAUUGCACUAAAAGAUAAAGAACUGACCUUUACGCUGAAAAUCAGUCACAUUUCAUUGCAGGAGCAGUUUGUAAGAUUUAUUUAAUGUUUUUCUUCAUUGGUGGUGAGUCCAGCUCUGUCUGAUCAGUCUUUAGAGCGUAGCGCCUUCAUCCUGGAGCGACUCACUGCACCCUCUUGUGGUGUAAAGUGGUAUUACAGCACUAGUCAACCAGUUGACAAACUCCAUCUUUAAACGGCUGAAGGAAAUCUUACAUACUGAGCCUUUGUAUGAAAGUGUUUAGCUUCCGGUCUUAUGAGUGGAAGAUGCAAAAAAAACUAGACUAUUUUAAUAAAGGGCACAGAUGAUUGUUUACAUGAAACAUGCAUACGGCAGUUGGACCAUUUGAUAUGAUCACUUAUCAUGUGAGUAUGUUGAAUGCACAUUUCCAGCUUUUGUAACUUUCUAAAAAUAAAGUACAGAUCUUUUCUCAGGUGUUUUAACAGGUGUAGCGAUGCUAACGCCUGUCAGCGGGUCCGUUCUGGCCCACGGGGAAAUCCUGGCAAAGCAAAACGAGUUAGCAUUAGCAUUAGCAUCACAGGAGCCAUCAACAUGGCGGCGUCUCGAAGUGAAAACAGAAAACUUCCAUUUCAGACUUUCAAACCGUUUACAUGACAGUGGUGGGCGGAGCCACUGGAAAUAAACUCCGUCUCCAUGGAAACGGAGGAAACUGAACUUUUAGGAAUGUUUGUUGCAUGUGAAAACGUGUGCGUGUGUGUGUUUGUGCGUGUGGUUUCAUUACAAGAACACGAAAUACCAUCCAGCAGAACACCAGCUUUUGCCAGAAUUAGCUCGAACUGAAACACUAUGCAAAAAAAGAAGUCAUUGUGUUGAGAUCAGUGUUUUCAUUUCACUGUGUUGUUCUAUAAUAAUUCAUAAGGUAAUCAUACGUCUGGCCUGCGCUUUACUGAACGGUUAUUAGCUAAAACAUUCAUCGUUGGGAUGGAAUCAGUCUCAGCCUGACACUCCUGUUUUAAUGUUUCACGGCUCCAGCAGAGGUUGUGCAACACUAACUUUCACAAUAAACUCCUGGACAUACCUGC